UAUCCAACACUUCAAUUUUCGCACUUGGCGUCAUUUAUAUCUCAUUUCGCAAAAAACUAAUUAUUUUUUCAAAAUUUUAUAAUGGUAAUGGAGGUAGAUUUAACCGAAAAUGUUCCUAGCAUCGAACUCACUGAAGCUGAGAGCGAGUUGUAUGACAGACAAAUAAGACUUUGGGGUUUGGAGUCUCAAAAGCGACUACGCACGGCAAAAAUACUGAUCUCCGGCUUAAAUGGACUUGGCGCGGAAAUAACUAAAAAUAUUAUACUGUCUGGAGUCAGUUUGGUGAAGCUACAUGACGACAAAUUAGUCACCGAGGAGGACUUUAGUUCUCAGUUUUUAGUACCACGCGAAAGCCUGACUACCAAUCGGGCCCAGGCAUCACUAGAACGCGCCCGCGACCUCAACCCAAUGGUUGAUAUAUCUGCUGAUACCGAGCCUCUAAAAAAUAAAACAUCGGAAUUCUUUGGCCAAUUUGAUGUGGUUGUCGUAAAUGGACAAAGCAAUGAGGAAUUGUUACGAAUCGACACUAUUUGCCGCGAAAAAGGUGUCAAAUUCUAUGCUUCAGAUGUAUGGGGUACAUUUGGAUUCUUUUUUGCGGGCUUACAGACGCAUCGAUAUGUAGAAGACGAAAUCAAGUACAAGCUCAUAUCGAAGCCAAAGGAAAAGCCAAAAUAUGAGACUGUUUCCAAACCAGUCCAGCAUGAAGUUGAGUAUCCAGCCUAUUCUUCUUGGUUGAAUUUUAAUAUUAAUGCUGCGGGUUAUCAACGCAAACUGAAACGCAAUGGUCCCGGUAUUGUAUUGCUGCGGAUACUUCAGAAGUUCCGAAUAAUCCACAAACGUGAUCCCAGCUAUAAAACGCGAGAGCAAGACUUGACCAAGCUCCAGGUUAUCCGGGAUGAAUUAAUAUCUAGUCCUACGGCAACUGAUUUAAAUGAGCAAGUUCUGGGCAUGCUCUUUGCCCAAAUUUCGCCGGCAGUGGCCAUUGUUGGUGGCGUUGUCGCACAAGAAGUUAUUAAAGUGAUAACCAAGGUAGAGGCACCACAUCGCAAUUUGUUUAUCUUUGAUCCCAACACCUGUGCUGGCUAUGUUGAAACAAUCGGAGUUAAUUAACCGAAUCUAUAAUAAAGUUCUUUCUAAAUCAUUUUGUAAAACACCUCAUAUCCGAAA